AUGGUGGUACUGAGUCGCGUUGGGUCGCCGACGAUGUCAGCGACUGUUGCCGGCAAUCAGCAACAGCAGCAUCCUCAUCAAGAAUGGGACAUCAACGACUCGAACGUUCCAAGGGUGGUGGAGUACGAUCCUUGGUGCGAAUGGGCGGAUGGUCACGUGAGAAGGGUCUACGGACCAGACUGCGAAGAGGCUAGAAGGCACGCAUCAGGAUGGGCAAUGAGGAACACCAACAACCACAACGUGAGCAUCCUCAAGAAAUCUUGCCUCGGUGUUCUCGUUUGUUCGCAAGAGUGCAUACUACCCGGAGGUGGAAGGGUUCACCUUCGACCAGCGAUUUGCGACAAGGCGAGGAAGAAACAGCAAGGAAAGCCAUGCCCGAACAGACAAUGCACGGGUCGGUUGGAAAUACUUUCGUGUCGUGGCCAUUGCGGUUACCCUGUGACGCAUUUCUGGCGGCACACAGAGCACGCGAUAUUCUUCCAGGCGAAAGGACAACACGAUCAUCCGCGACCGGAAGCCAAAUCCACGUCCGAGGCGAGACGAAGCGUGGGUGCUGGCCGAAGGGUGCGAGGACUUGCGGUCCUUCUUGCCAGCGAGGCUGCCUUAGGCUCCAAACUAAUGUCACUACGAGGAACGAAAAGACCGAACUCGGAGACGAUCGAGCAACCGACGCGAACGACGCACCCGCCGCCACUAAUACCGGAUAAAGGAUAUUCCUGUUCUUGUCCACCGUUCGAAUGUAUGUGCACUCUGCAAACUAACGUCCAGUCCUACCAACAAUCCCAUCAUCAAACAACGAUGUACCCUCAACAGACAUCGUCGAAUGACACCUCUUACUGGAUGCAGGACACUGUCUCCCCUCAGGAGAACCUGGGUUACAACUUACCGAAUCAGGUACCCCAGGAAGCUUCCUACCCCGAUUUCCCUCCGUUCACCGGUGAACUACUUCAACCGGAAGAGAUCUUCCAGCUGGAUCAACCUCUGAGACCAGAUUUCCCAAUGAAUUCCCAAGACGUGGCAAGGUCACCGUCUACUCUACUCGAUCUCGGAAGCGGCACUAUCAAAUACGAGAUGAAGCAUCAGGAUCAGACCUAUUGGAAUCAGUUUCUCAGCGAGGAUUCGAGCAGUAGCCAUCUGAGUAUACCUCAAGACGACAGGCUUCAGUUUCCUACCUUCGAGACGGACAAGGACUCCAAUGGUUACUGCUCCAAGAGACCGAUGAACCAUUUCGUUCCGGAUAAACAGAUCAAUCAGAAUCACCAUCUGAACAAUCCGUUGAACUUUCAGGAUUAUCAACGCAAUCAAAAUCAUAAAAGCUUCCUCGACGGCGCUGUGAAGAACGAUCAGGAAGCUAGUUACUGGGUUCAAAACCAGCAGGACGAUCGUCUCAACUUUCCAGGCUUCGAUCCUCAGAAGGACGAAAGUUUGUUGACCUCUAGAAGAAACGUGAAUUGCUUCACCAAGGAGAACUGCCAGCCUGGUCUGAUGGACAGAGGAAGUUACACCGCCUACUCGAAGAAAGAGAACGGGAUUACCGAUCCUGUUCGUCCUAGUCGUAGCCCGAUAGAGAACAAACAGUACACUUACGACGGUUACAGUCAACUGUUCGAUCAUUCGGACACGAAGGAUCAGUUGACCACCGCCUGUCGGCCCCAUCAGAACACCAAUCGAAUGGUUCUCGACGAAAGAUUGCAGAACAACUAUGGAAACCAUGAAACGAAUCCGGAUACCACCGACAGGUUGUUCCCGGACUCGAACGGCAUGGACGCUUCGUUGCAGUCUCAGAAUAGUCCGGAACCUUUCUUCUAUCCUAAUAACGAUCGUUGUCAUUAUACUUGCGAGGUGCUGGACACCCGGCUACCUCAAAUGACUAUGAACACCGCUCAGACGGGUACACCACAGACGGGCAUCAAUUACGGGGACGUGAGCGAGUUGGAUUUACCACCUUUCGUUGAUUACACGUUGGUAGGGAUGCUGUGCAGCUCCGCGGAAGAGGACACCUCGAAUCUGUUACCUGGUUGCCCUCAGAACUCGCAGAGCUACGUUCCUCAUCAUUAG